GCUCUCCCUCCCAGUAGCAGGUUUGAGCUCCACUUCGCAACUUGCCUUCCCUCCACCUUACAGAGCCUGCUACGGACGGGAGGACGGCAGCCGGCAGCAGGCAGCUAGGAGCCCCCAGCCCAUAAACGCCGGGCCGCUUGGCUUCCCGAUGCGCAGAUGGCUUCUCUUUGCGCGGAGUCCCCGGCAGCCUAAGGAAGGCACUUCCACCUCCCAGCCUGUCAUCCAGGCUCCUCCAGAUUAUUCAAUUACACAUUUUAUUAUUUAAAAAAUCAACUUAUUUUUGGCCUGGGUAGGGGUGCGUGCGUGGAGGGGUUUCUCUAAGGAGGGGUUUGCGCGCGCCGUGGCCGAGAUGAACAACCUCGCCUUCGAAGAGGCGUCUUUGGACGGCUUGGACCCUUCGCUGACUCUCCAUGAAUCCAGCGAGAUUGACACGGCUCUGUUGAGCGACAUUGACGACAUGCUUCAGCUGAUCAACACUGAAGAUGGAGACUUCCCUGGUCUGUUCGAAGCGUCGUUCGGCACAACUGUCACCCCAGAGCCCAAUCCACAUGGGCCCAGUUUGUUCAGUGGCUACCUGGAGGCCACAAACUCACCUUCCUCCAGCUUGUUCCAGGUCCCAGCUCCACCCCCACCCAGCUUCCAACCAGUGACGGCAGCAAACUCGAACACAGAGCCCACUCCGAUGGACAUCAAGGAGGAGCCUGUCCUGUCGACGGCCAGCCAGCCUGCAUCUCGGCUCCCACCGACCAGGAUGGCGGCUCAGAGUUUUGUCCCGGCACCCCAGACCCAAUUCUCAGCACAACCUAUGGUGGGAUUCCUGAAUCAGAGCAGUGUUUCUGCUCCCCAGCCAGGAGGGCAUUCUCAGCCCCCUCCAAACACCCAAGCCACGUCGCAGCAGAACCAGCCAGUGGCAAUGCAAACCCAGCUCCAGAACAUCGCUCCCCAACAGAUUCUGACUCCCCACAGUGGAUCCCAAGUCGUCCAGCGCCAGAUCCAGCAAGUGCCGGUCCUUCUGCAGCCUCACUUCAUCAAGGCCGACUCUCUGCUUCUGACAACUGUCUCGGGAGCCCAGACCUCUGGCAUCACCUCUCUGGGGACCACAACGGCCGUCCAGUCGACAUCACUACAGAUGCCGACACUGAUGAGUGGGGGCACCAUCCUGGCGACGGUUCCUCUGAUGAUGGAUACAGACAAGCUGCCCAUCAACCGCCUGACUGCCGGGAAGCCGCUGGGAAGCCACGGCAAGGGCGAAAAGCGCACAGCCCACAACGCCAUCGAGAAACGGUAUCGCUCCUCCAUCAACGACAAGAUCUCCGAGCUCAAGGACCUGGUGGUGGGGUCGGAAGCCAAGCUGAACAAGUCGGCCAUUUUGCGCAAAGCAAUCGACCACAUCCGCUUCCUGAAGCAGGCCAACCAGAAGCUGAAGGCCGAGAACAUGGCCCUCAAAAUGGCGAGCCAGAACAACAAGUCCCUGAAGGACCUGGUAGCCACAUGUGGUGGCAACACCCAGGACUCAAAGGAAGGGAUCAAGCUGGUGGACACCCUGACGCCACCCCCGUCGGAUGCAGGCUCCCCGUUGCGCGGCAGCGGCAGCCCUCUCUCGCUCAGCGGCACCAGCGGGAGCGACUCUGAGCCAGACAGCCCCUUCUACGAGGAGACCAAGGUGAAGCAAGAGCAUCAGGCGCUCUCGCCAGGCAGCCUGGGGAUGCUGGACCGCUCGCGCAUGGCCCUGUGCGCCUUCGUCUUCCUCUGCCUCUCCUUCAACCCCCUCUCCUCCCUCUUGGCGGGCUCUCACUCGGCCAGCCCUUCGGAUAUCGAUGGCUCCAGCCACUCCGGGCGCACCAUUAAGAGCCAGAAUGAGGUCACAGACACCCCUAUCGCCUGGUUCCAGUGGCUUCUCCCCACCUUGGUUUUCUGGCUGAUCAACAUUCUGGUUGUUUUGGGAGCCUUUGUCCGGCUGUUCAUUUAUGGCGAGCCCGUCACACGCCCACAUUCAGAGGCUUCCAUCCUUUUCUGGAGGCACCGCAAGCAGGCAGACCUCGACUUGGCGCGGGGAGAUUUUGCGCAGGCCUCCCAGAACUUAUGGACGGCGUUGAAAGCCCUCGGCCGCCCACUCCCGACCUCCAACCUCGACCUGACCUGCAGCCUUUUAUGGAACUUGAUCCGUCACGUCCUUCAGCGGCUCUGGGUGGGGCGUUGGCUGGCGGGAAGGGCUGGCGGCUUCUUCCGCGACCGGGAGCUCAAGGCUGACGUGCAGAAAAGUGCCUGCGACGCGGCCCUGGUGUACCACAAACUGCAUCAGCUGCACAUGACAGGGAAGCACGUGGCCGGUCACCUCUCAGCAAUUAACAUGGCGCUGAGUGCCGUGAACCUGGCCGAGUGCGCAGGCAACACCAUCUCCGUGGCGACGCUGGCCGAGGUCUACGUGGCAGCGGCGCUGCGUGUGAAGACCAGUCUCCAUCGCUGUUGUCACUUCCUGGCGCGCUUCUUCCUCAGCAGCGCCCGGCAGGUGCUGCUGUCCCACAGUGGGACUGUCCCGCCUGCCCUCCAGUGGCUCUGCCAUCCUGUGGGUCACCGUUUCUUCGUGGACGGAGACUGGGCCGUGAAGAGCUGCCCUCGGGAGAGCAUCUACAGCUCCACCAGUAAUCCAGCGGACCCCCUGGCUCAAGUGACCCAGCUGUUCCGUGAGCAUUUGCUGGAGAAAGCCCUUUCCUGUGUCUCUAGGCUGGAGAGUGAGGCACCUGCCAGCCAAGACGAGGGGGAAUUUUCCGACGCUCUGGAGUACCUGCAUUUCCUCAACAGCUGUGCAGAUGCCGUUCCCAGCCCAACGCCGUCCCUCAGCACCAGUCUGGAUGCUGCCACAGGCACUGAUCCCAUUGCCCACUGGUGGGCAUCUGUGGUUGCCAUGGCGAUCCAUGGGCUGCAAGGGGAUGAUGAGGCUGUGGAGCGCCUGUACCCGCUGGUGGAAUCGAUGCCAAGGGCCCUCCAGGCCUCUGAGAAUCCUCUUCCUCGCGCGGCGCUGCAUACCUUCAAGGCUGCGCGGGUGCUGAUGGGCAAGCUCGACUGCAGCCUGGGCCAGUGCGACAGAGCCGGCGACUACUUGCGAGACAGCUUGGCGGGCAACACGCCCCCCAGUGCCAUCGACAGAGCUGUGCAGUUCCUCUUGUGUGACCUCCUGCUCAUCACUCGCACCCGGCUCUGGCAGCAGCAGAUGCAAGCAGGGCAGCCACAUGGCACUCCCUACCAGGCCUCCACCCUUGAGCUCCGUGGCUUCCAGCAGGAUCUCAGCAGCCUCCGGCGCCUGGCGCAAGCGGACAAGGCUGCCAUGCACAGGGUGUUCCUCCAUGAGGCGACGGCCCGGCUGAUGGCCCGAGCCAGCCCCACCCGGACCCACCAGCUGCUGGACCGCAGCCUGCGCAGGAGAGUUGCCUCGAGCAUCAAAGGAGCCAGCGACCACGAGAGCCAGCCGACCUCACGAGAGCAGGCCGAAGCCCUCCUCCUCGCCUGCUCUUACCUGCCCCCCGCCUUCCUUCUGGGUCCCAGUCAGAGGAUGGGCAUGUUGGCGGAGGCGGCCCGAUCCCUGGAGAAGCUGGGGGACAAAAGGACACUUCACGAGUGCCAGCAGAUGAUCAUCCGGCUGGGAAGCGGGUCCACUGUCACCUCCAGCUAGAGAGAGGGGGCACCGAGGAGGACUUGUGGGGAGGAGGAAGAGGGCAGAGAGGGAAGGCGACCCCUCUAAGCACAUGGCGCGUGUGUUCUCCUGGACUCCGGCAGGCGAGACAAAGGAUCUGGCGUGGCCUGCAGAAGACCGGCUCUCCCCCCUCUUUCUCUAGGUAAUCAUUACUCUGCAGGGCUACUCUCUCAUCUCCCCCUAAGUUCUGUGGGGGGAGCCCCUCUCCUUGUGUUUGUGUGUGCUGAGCAGACCUAUGUGACUUGGGGGGUGGGGAGCGCAAGCAAGCAAGUGGUGUUUUCUGAGAAGGUGACGAGGUGAUGCACCUCCGGGCUGCGUGCUUAUCCUGCUGUCGAAAUUGGGGAGAAGGGAGAUUGAUCGCUGGCUGCAUUGAGGCAGCGUUGGAAAAACCGGACGUCCUUGACAGCACUGGUUUUUCGACUGGCGGGCAGGGAGCUGCUAGUGAGUCCAGCACGGGUUGCAACAGGAGCAGCGCCAUCAUGCAAAUAAAUGAGGAAAGGUUAGGAAUUGGGUCCCUAAAUGCAUGCUUGGGUCAGAAGUAUGUCCCUGGGUCUGAAAAGGCUGGAGAUAACCUUCUUUUUAGAGCCAUUCUGGUUGGGAUGCAAGUGCAUUUUGUUCAGUUUCUUGCAACUAGAUUCUGCAUUUUGAGACGCGCACACACACCCUUGCAAAUGCACACAUGGCUUGUGGUGGUUCAUUGCACUUCCAUUGUAGCACCCCUAUGGGGGGGCUGGCGGCUUUGCAAUUGCCCGGUUUCCCAUUGGCUGGCCUCUGUUCUUCUCUCUUGUCUCCACCUCCCCAGAUAGUCUCCCCUACUUCCUGCCAGCAGCCCAUGACAAGGCAAAGGGGACCCCUGGUGGCAAACCACCAGCACUGCAGGAUGCCCCUCCAUCUCUCUGGCCAGAUGUGAGCAGCUUAGAUGUGAGCUCCAUUUCUCCAGAGCCGUCUCUGCUGUCAGACGCCUCCCGCUUCGCUCCUCCUCCGUCCUCUGAGGGCAGAUGGGGACUCCUGUCAAGGGGCAGAGUGCUAUGGGUCUGGGAUUUUCUGGAGGUGGGCCAUGGAUAUUCACGUGGUGGAACUGUCUCCAGGAGAAACUUUGUGCUUCAGUUACAGAAGAAAGUUCUCUUUCUCUCCACCCUUUGUAGUGGCUCCCUGUGAAUGAUUUGGCUAUAUUUUGGUGGGCUGGGAAUUGUGGAUUUCUGGCUUGGGUGUUCUGGACGCCCAUGCUAGCAUGCGGUCACUGUCUUGUUACCACACCGCAGGGCGUGUGUGCAGGGAUUUCUAAGAAAGUUUUGCCACAUGUAUAUUCCACCCACUCCUUUUCUGGCAGGCUUUCCCCAAAGUAGAAUUCACACGCAAACACAUGUCACCGCCCUAAUUCUUGGAGCUGCUGGCUGUGGGCACUUCAUCGGUUGAAUUUCUGCCUGCCGGUCAGCUGUUAAAAGGCACCGGAGUCCUGCUAGAAAAGGCGGCCAGCCCAUUUAAGAAAAAGCAGACUAUUCUCUCUGGGGAUUUUUAUUUUGUUUCACGAGUGUACAGGAAGGGAAACGAUGAAAGGUCAGAGGGGCAAGCUGCUUCAUUUUCUAUCCCUCCAAAUAGAUUUUUGGUCCUAACAGCAACCACCCCCCGUGUUGGUUCCAUCAGGCUGUCUGGGUUAAGGAUGUUGUUGCUAUGGAGAAAUUUCCUCUUGCGGGGCGCAGGUGUGAUGGGAGAGGCAGGAAGGUCCGGCCUAAUCAUGGUGGGAAUAUGAACUGUGCCCUCUUCAGGGCUUCUGUUGCAGGAGCAUUUCGGGGGUGUUUCUGUGUGUGAGAGAGAUAUUAGCGCACCCCACCCCUCCUCAAUCUGCAUCGCUCAGCCACGCCUCUUCCAUUUAAAAGUUAUUUUCAUAGCGUGAGGUUUUUUUGUACAGAUGAUAAAAUAAAAGACCUACUUAUUUAUA